AAAAAAGAGAGAAAAAAACACCCACAUACACACACUUUUUUCCUUCACUCAAACUCACUCCAAAAAACAACACCCAGAUCUCAAAUGUAACAACUCCAACAGCACCUCUCUCUCUCUCUUCUCUCUUUUCUCUCAAAAAUGUCAUCCCAACAACAGCAACAGCAAGAACCCAAAUCCAAUCCAAAAGCCACAAAGCAAAACACGAGAUCUCCCUCCAUAUCAACCCACCUAGCAAUGGUGGAGCUGAAGCAGAAAAUCCUGACCUCUCUCUCGAAACUCUCCGACCGCGACACUCACCAAAUCGCCAUCGAAGAUCUCCAAACCACAAUCCAGAACCUCUCCCCUGAAGCCCUCCCAAUGCUCCUCAACUCCCUCUACGACGCCGUUUCCUCCGACCCGAAACCCUCCGCCCGCAAGGACUCCCUCCGCCUCCUCGCCUUCACCUGCGCCGCCCACCCGGACUCCUCCUCCGCCCACCUCACCAAGAUCAUCGGCCACGUCAUCAAGCGCCUCAAGGACUCCGACUCCGCCGUCCGCGACGCCUGUCGCGACGCCAUUGGCUCGCUCUCCAACCUCUAUCUCAAGCCCCCCGCCGGCAAUAACGAGAGCGUCGUGGGCCUGUUCGUCAGGCCGCUGUUCGAGGCGAUGGCGGAGCAGAACAAGGUGGUGCAGUCCGGUGCGGCAAUGUGCAUGGCCAAGAUGGUGGAGUGCGCCGCCGAGCCUCCUGUCUCGGCGUUCCAGAAGCUCUGCCCUAGGAUCUGUAGGUUGCUUAACAAUCCUAACUUCCUCAACAAGGCUUCGCUCUUGCCCGUCGUCGCUAGCUUGUCUCAGGUGGGAGCAAUUGCACCUCAAAGCUUGGAAAAUUUGUUGCAAAGUAUUCAUGAGUGCCUUGGGAGUACAGACUGGGCAACACGUAAGGCAGCAGCUGAUGCAUUGACCACCUUGGCAUUGCAUUCAAGUGUUUUGAUUUCGGAUAAAGCUGCCUCCACACUGACAGUGCUUGAGUCUUGCCGUUUUGACAAGAUAAAACCUGUUAGAGAUAGCAUAACAGAGGCAUUGCAAUUAUGGAAAAAGAUCGCAGGCAAAGGAGGAGAUGGAUCUCCAGAUGAUGAGAAACCCUCUCGUGAUGGUGAAACUCCUGGGGUUGCUGAAUCAUCUGAGAAGAAUGGCAUGAAAAAUCCAAAUCCUAGUGACAGGAGAUCAGAGCAACCAUCUAAGAAUUCAUCUAAUGGUACUUCCCCUUCUUCAGAUUCCGUUUCUAAAGCCAAAGGUAGCAGCUUUUCAGAAAAAGCAGUUGUAAUAUUGAAGAAGAAAGCACCUGGCCUUACUGAGAAAGAGCUAAACCUAGAAUUCUUCCAGAAACUUGAAACAAGGGGUUCUGAUGAUUUGCCAGUGGAAGUAGUUGUUCCUCGUAGAUGUCUCAGUUCUUCAAAUGCAAACAACGAGGAAGAAUCAGAGCUAAAUGAUACAGAAUCAAGGGGAAGGUCAAAUCGCACUGGAAAUAUCCAGCAUGAUGAUUUUCAUGGAUCUUCCAACAGUAAAUAUCGUAACAUAGAGAGAGGAGCUUCUGCUCCAUAUUCUAAACGUGAUCUUGAUGACCUUGCACGGGAUAAAUGGCCUGAAGAGAGGAUAAAUGGAAGAGACUCUAGAAUGAGAGCAUUAGAUGGUGAUGAUAGAAUUGAUAUAAAUCAAAGGGAAUCAUCUGGCAAUCGUGUGGGUUUCUCCAAAACUGAUGGUCAAUCUGAAGGAUCCUUCAUCAAUAACAAAGGAAAUUGGUUGGCUAUCCAGAGGCAGUUAUUGCAGCUGGAGAGGCAACAAGCUCAUCUGAUGAACAUGCUGCAGGAUUUCAUGGGUGGUUCUCAUGAUAGCAUGGUAACUUUAGAGAACAGAGUAAGAGGUCUUGAGAGAGUUGUUGAAGACAUGGCGCGGGACUUGUCAAUAUCCUCAGGUCGGAGAGGUGGUAAUUUUGCAAUGGGGUUUGAGGGAUCUUCUAAUAGGCCUUUAGGCAAGUAUAAUGGUUUCCCUGAUUACUCUACUGCCAAAUUUGGAAGGGGUAGUGAUGGGCGGAUACCAUUUGGAGAAAGAAUUGCCCAGUCUGAUGGAAUUGCUAUGGGCAUGAGAGGAAGAGGUCCUCCUUGGAGAUCUGACAUGUCUGAGGCAUGGGAUUUUCCCACAUCUGGUGCUUCCAGAAAUGGGCAGAUUGGCUCAAGGAGAGCUCUAGGUGGCAGUAGUAUGGAUGGUAGGUCACCUAAAUCAGACCAUGAGAGUGAUCAGGGUGGCAGCAGGAGAGCUUGGGAUAAAGGAACUGGACCUGUUAGGCUUGGUGAGGGGCCUUCUGCAAGAAGCGUUUGGCAAGCUUCAAAGGAUGAAGCUACAUUGGAAGCAAUUCGGGUGGCUGGGGAGGAUGGUGGAACUUCUCGGACUGCAAGAGUAGCUAUCCCUGAAAUGACUGCGGAAGCAAUGGGAGAUGAUAAUGUUGGCCAUGACAGGGACCCUGUGUGGACAUCUUGGAGUAAUGCAAUGGAUGCCCUUCAUGUCGGUGAUAUGGAUUCAGCUUAUGCUGAAGUUUUAUCUACAGGGGAUGAUCACUUGCUUGUGAAGCUAAUGGACAGAUCAGGCCCAGUGGUUGACCAACUCUCAGGAGAAGUAGCAACUGAGGUUGUGCAAGCUGUUGGACAAUUUCUACUAGAGCAGAACCUUUUUGACUUAUGUUUAUCUUGGAUUCAACAGUUGGUGGAAGUAUUGUUGGAAAAUGGACCGGAUGUUUUGAGCGUUCCUAUGGAAGUGAAGAAGGAGAUUUUGUUGAAUUUACAUGAAGCUUCUACAGCAAUGGAUCCCCCUGAGGAUUGGGAAGGUGCGAUGCCUGACCAACUCUUGUUGCAGUUGGCGUCAGCCUGGGGAAUUGACCUGCAACAGCAUGAGAAGUAGUCCCCCAGUUGACAGCCUAGGUAAUGGGAUUCUGUACUUUAUAUGCGAACAUAUUUUGAUUGGGUUGAUCAGGUUAAUACAUCAUGUAUUUACAUAAGUUGAGUGAAAAGUUGUGAAUGAACAGACAAUAUUUUGAACAGUUACGCAAUUGAACAUUAUGCAUCAAUAGAUAAGUAAUUGAAACUGGAAUCAA